UGCUGCCUGACCUUGUAGCUCUCAAGCACCUUUCUUUGACACUAGACGUUCAUUACCUUUCUUUUCGAUUGUAGAGACAGUGGCCAGGUGACAACAUAAAAUGGCAGGACGACGACCACGAGGCAGCGGUAUUCGAGGGCCACACUCAGCCUUGACAGAUUUCCUUGCUGCCAACAAUAUCUCCGCCCAAGAGAUUCGCGAUUCGUAUCGUGAUCGAGUGCAACGAGCCGAGCAAGAUGCCGCGGCAGCUAGCGACAACGGUGAAGGACCCUCGAAUGCCGGUGAUGAUGUCGAGGAAGAUCUGCAGGCAGAGUCCUCUGCAAUGGCUGCUGAGCGAACUCGCAAGCGAAAGCGCAACCAGGACGAAGCCAUCGCGAAGAUAAAGAAGGGCAAGGAAGCCAAGAAGAAAAGCUCCAAGAAAAAGAAGAAGGGCCCCGACAACGAGUCGGACGAAGACUUCAUGGACAUGUACAAGAAGGCGAAGAAGUUACCUGGUCAGCUGGAGAAUUGUGAGCUCUGCGACAAGCGGUUUACAGUCACACCAUACAGCCAGGCUGGUCCAGAGGGCGGGCUGCUCUGCACACCAUGCGGCAAGGAGCUGAAGAAAGAAGUGAAGGCACAAGAAAAGGCAAAGAAGACACCAGUUGUCCGCAGGGGCCGCAGAAAGCUUGAGAGCAACCGUCUGGACGGGCUCACAGUGCGAGGGCCGAAGUCAUUGCAGCAGCUGUGCAUCGAGAAGCUUGCGCAGCACUCGGAAGAUAUCGAUGAGCUCGGCGAGAUGCCGGAGAAGAUCAUGAACAGGAUCAGCGAGAUCUUCUCCAAGAAGCGUGCCAUGAACUCUACCACUAUGAAGCUGUUCCUUCAACCAGACAUGGAGUCGGUAGCGAUUCACGAGGCAGCCUUGCUGGAGACGGAGGACUACGACCAGAUCUUUGCAGUGUGUCCGACGGUGAAGAAGCUGUCUCUCCGCAACUGCUGCCAGUUCAAGGAUAGCAACAUCGACUACUUGGUGGAGAAGGCCAAGUCGUUGGCCGAGAUCCAGCUCCUGGGUGCCAACCUUGUCUCGGACGACAAGUGGAUUGAGCUCUUCAUUGCGCGGGGUCCAGAUCUGAAAGCGUUAAAGCUCGAGUGGCUAGAUGCUGCUUUCGACGAUCAGACUGUCGAGGCGCUCUCCACAUUCUGCCCCAACAUGGAGCGGCUCAAGCUCGAGCGAUGCAAGAAGCUCGGAGUCGACAGCAUCGAUGCGAUUGCCCGGCUGCAGAAGCUUGAGCAUCUCACAUUGCGUAUGUACGGACAGGUUCCACGUGAAAGGCUCAUUCGCAUGAUCACGUUGGUCGGUGGUCGCCUGCGUACAUUGUGUCUCGAGCACUUUCUUGACGCGGAGAGCGAUUCUGCAGACGAAGUGCUCGAUGCGAUUCACAAGACUUGCCGCCACGUCAGCAAGUUCCGGUUUACUGAGAAUAACGAGUGCACCGACGACGGGUACGUCAAUCUCUUCACUGGCUGGGUUAAUCCUCCGCUUCGCUACAUCGAUGUCAACAGCCUACGCGACACGGACAACGCCAAUCCCGAGGGCCCAGCAGACCAGCCCAUCGGACUCGGAUCCGGGGGGUUCCAAGCGCUGAUGGGGCACUCGGGGUCGCGGAUCGAGUAUCUCGACGUGUCGUCGUGCCGACACAUUUCGCACGCGGCGUUCAGCGACGUGUUCGACGGGACGAAGCAGUACCCGUGGCUGCGGGAGAUCAACGUGUCGUUCUGCCCCGUGGUGGACACGCAGAUUGUUGCGGGCAUGUUCCGCAGCUGUCGGCAGCUGCAGAAGGUGGUGACGUUUGGGUGCUUCCAGGUGGCCGACGUGGUGGUGCCGAGGGGCAUUGUGCUUAUCGGCGCCCCCAAGGCGCAGGACCAGAUGGAGCAGUUUGGCGAUACGGUCAUGGAGUUCCAGCAGGAGCUGCAGAGGGAGAUGGACGAGAUGCGGGCGGUGAGGAUGAUGGCGAUGGCGGCUUAGUGGUGCUGGCGGGUGAUGGGGUGUCUAGGUGUUUUUCGUGGGAGGACACGGCAUUGAGGAAGAUGUCAUGGGACAGGGAUUUGGAUGCAGAUUUAGGGUUAGACGUCGUUGGGACGGUUGAUGGAUCUUGAUACACUAUCGUGCUGUGGUAUAUAUAACGUGUCAUGCGUGUGCACCUCUGCUGGGUGUGGUCAACACUCGCUCGCUGUAGGCCACGCUUGCAUGUGCUGGUAAAGAUGGUCAUGUUGGUGCAAAGAUGGUCAUGGUGCAAAGAUGGUCAUGCUGAAAAGAUGGUCAUGCUGAAA